AUGACGGAGAAGAAGCCAGGAAUGGUGAGUGUGAAGGAUAUGCCUCUGCUUCAGGAUGGACCACCACCGGGUGGGUCCUCGCCGGUUCGAUAUGCUCGUCGGAUAUCCAACACGCGUCGUAGCGCCAUGGCUAUGUUCCUUGCGAUUGCGAUGUCAGGUGCCUUAGCUUGGGGAAUGUACCAUGUCGGUCAGGGAAACAAAAUCCGCAGUCUACUUCCCGAAGCUGAGAAGAAACCUGAUCCGAGGCUAAUAGAAAUCAUCAAUCUAUUGAAAAAGGAAGAUCCAAUGAACCCGCUCCCUUAUGCAACAUUAAUGGCUGUCAUGCAUAAACCGGAUGAGCCAGAGACUGAUGUUUUGUUGUCGGCUAUGAUGGAGGUUUUGCAGAACCGAAACGAAUCAUCAAGACCAUCGUAA